AUGGCGUCUUCGAAGGUGGCAUACGAGCCAGUACGCUCCUCGCCAGAUGGCGGCGCCUCGGGCAUAUCUUUACCGUCGCCGUCUUCUCCCUCUGCCGCGGCCGGUGAAGGGGCCGAAGGGUUGUUGCGAGAGAAACCGCGGGCCCGCGGGGGGUUCAGUCGGCAACGUUUAUGUACGAGUGGCACGCUCGUAGUAACGCUCCUGAACGCCGCCCUGUUCUCGGCAUCACUUGUGCUCUUCCUCCUGUCACGGAGCGAGAAGAGUAUACUGAACGCCGGGCUGCGGCAGGCAUCUACAUUCAGUCCGGUCUUCGACCGCAUCGACUUAGAGAUGCGGCCGCGUUUUAUCCAGGGAACGUUGUUCCCAGCGCGGGAGGGCGCCUCGAUUGCGCGGGAGCUGCCGAACCCGGCGGCAGAUGGGCUGUGGGAGGAGUGGGAGCUGAGCCAGUUCUACCCGUUGGCCUGGGACGAGGUUGUGCGCAUGGGAAAGGACCCGUCGACUAUGGCGAAGCUCGAGGACGCCGAAUGGGGUCUCGGCGACGACGCCUACGUCGGCACCCUCGACCUUUAUCACCAGGUCCACUGCCUCAAUAUGCUGCGCCGCCAGGCCUAUCGUGGCUACUACAACCUGAGCGAGCGCAGCCACGAGACCCUCGGCCUUGCCGAGGUCCACCUCAACCAUUGUGUCGACAUCCUCCUGCAGGCGCUCCAAUGCGGCGGCAACGUAAACUUCAUGACGUACCACUGGAUUGCCGGCCAGGAGUACCCGCAGCCCGACAUGUCGGUCAAUCGCCAGUGCAUCAACUUCGACAAGCUCACGGCGUGGAGAAUAGAGAAGGGACUGGACCUGGAUAAGUAUGUCAAGGUAAUGAAAAAGUCGCUACACCCAGGCGUCAAAGAAUUGCAUCAAAGCGAUGCGUACUACAAGUACUACAAUAGGACCAAUCCUAACCAUAUCAAUGGCUCUAAUCCGGGAGAGGACUUUAACUUGUAG